GACCCGCCUGGGAAGCGGGAGCUGUAGAGGCUGCCCGAGCACUUCGACUCGGGGGUGGGAGGGGUGGGAGCGAGGACCUCGCGCGCGCUCCAGCUCUGCUCUGCCCAGCCCGGCUCGCGAGGGAGAGCACGCGCUCGCGCGCGCCACUCCCCCUACUCUCCGAACCCCCUCACCCCCCGCUUCUGGAGUUCGAAGGGCUCGGGUCCUCCCCGUCCGCUCCUCCCCAGCCUCCGCGCGCCACGCCUGCCCCUGCGCGCGUGCCUGCCUAGCCGCUCGGCUUUGCCUCUGGCAGCGCCGCUUCGCUGCGGGGAGGGCGACGGGAGAGCUGGUGGAGGGAAUCCCCCUUCUGGCCCGGGGGCAGGGGGCGGGGGGAGUGGCAUUCGGGCUUUCCCUUUGCUCUAGCCUCUGGCCGCCGCGAAGUUGAGAGGUUCGAACCCCGGAGGAGGAAGAGGAGGAGGAGGAAGCAGCAGCGGCUGAGGGGCUAGCUGUGGGCUCCUGCACUUUCUUUUGCCGCCCCCCCUUUCAUUGCUCUCCUUCCGCACCCCCUCCCCUUGCACCACCAUGGAUAAUAAGCCUCUGCUGCAGGAGCGACCACCUGCCUACAACCUGGAGGCCGGCCAGGGCGACUACGCUUACGGGCGGCACAACUACGGGGCCAUCCCGGUCGCCCCUGCCCAGCCCGGGCUCCAGCCGAGCUUCCAACCCGGCUUCCAGCCCCCGCCGCCCUACCCUUACAGCGUUGCAGGUCAGUCUGCAUAUGCACCUGGAUCCUACAGAUUUCCAGCACAAACUGUGUUCCAGCCCUCCAGUGCCAUAGUAGUUGUUGGAGGCUGUCCAGCCUGCAGAGUUGGUGUUUUGGAAGAGUCCUUCACCUGCCUAGGCAUCCUCUUGGCCAUUCUCUUGUUUCCCAUUGGAUUUAUCUGCUGUUUUGCUUUGAGAAGGCAAAAAUGUCCUAACUGUGGAGUAGUUUAUUUUUAAAUGGAACAACACAAUCCAGCUUUCCUAUCCCCACUUUUCUUUUUCUAAUGUAAAUGUCUUGUAUAAUAGCUUUAUUUGAUCAAGUAUCAGAACUGUUUUGUAAAGUGUGAUGGGAUAGCCAGCAUUUCAUGGGCUUGUGGUUUGCAGAAUAUGGAAAAAAAGCAAACUUGCUUUCAAGGUUAAUGACAACUCUGAUUUAAGACACGGCUUCUUUUUUUGCAGUUUUCACUUUGUGCAAAUUGAGAAAUGCUGUUUUUAUAAAUGAGGUUCAUACUGUUUUAACUGGUCCUGCUUAAUUUGAUGUUUGCACAUUGUCACUUCUGUAUAUUUUUUAAAAAUAAAGUGAACUCACCUCAA